AAUCCCGGAAAUGGUCAUAUGUCGUCAUAUGUUGUGCUUUAAGAUUAUAAGAUGUUUAAGACAAAAUGUCCGAAGGUUGUGGUGCGAGGAAAGAGAUGAAUAACGUGGCUAUGUCUGUACAUGACUCUGGCGAAAAAGGAGUUGGUAGUGGUCUGUGUAAGAGAUUAAAUAAGAUUUUGGAGACAAGGCUUGAAAAUGAUAAGGAGACCUUGGAAGCCCUCAAGGAACUUUCCACGUUUUUCACAGAAAACACUUUACAAGCACGAAGAAAUUUGAGAAGUAAAAUAGAGAAACGAAGUCUUGCCAUAAACGAGGAAUUUCUGUCAGCUUUCUCUGAGGUGAAGGAGGCACUGGAUGCCAUCUACAGGGAUGUGUCUGAGAUGAACAGUUCUGUCCAGAACAUGACAGCUCGUCUUCAAGCAACAAAAACUCAGACACGUCAUCUCAUUGAUCAGACUACAAAACUUCAAGGGGAGAGCCAGAAGCUGUGUAUGCAGCAAGAGGUGGCAGGUGCAUUCCUUAGAAGUUUUCAGCUGUCUUCGGCCGAACAAGCUGUAUUGCAUGGUUCCUCACGUGAAGCAGAAAUCACAGAUGAAUUCUUUACAGUUUUAGACAGAGUUCAAAGUAUUCAUAGUAAUGGCCGGAUGUUAAUGCAGUCUGGCCAUCAGACAGCUGCACUUGAAAUCAUGGAGCAGAUGGCUCUUUACCAGGAAGCAGCCCUAGAGAGACUGUAUCGGUGGACUCAGAGCCAUUGUCGGAACAUAGAAUCAGGAGACACAAGUGCCCUUCUUUCUCAGGCCAUGUCACGACUGCAGGGCAGGCCUAUUCUCUUUAAGUAUGUGUUGGAUGAAUACUGUGCUUCUCGGCGAUCAGUGCUGGUGAGAGCAUUUAUUGAUGCUUUGACUCAGGGUGGUCCAGGAGGCACUCCAAAGCCGAUUGAAAUGCAUGCUCAUGACCCAAAGCGCUACGUGGGUGACAUGUUGGCAUGGCUUCACCAAACUAUGCCCAAUGAAAGGGAGAACCUUCUCAUUUUACUGAAGAGCUGUAAUAAGACAGAUGUGGCAGAGCAGGUUCGGCAGGCACUGUGCAACAUUACUGAAGGAGUGUGCCAUCCAUUGAAAGUACGAGUGGAACACAUUCUUGCGGCGGCAGACAUCGGAGCUACCGUUCUGUAUUCCAUCACAAAUUUGGUUCGUUUUUAUCAGCAAGUCAUUGGACAGGUGAUUCUGGGCAGCUUGCUGCAGUCUACACUUCAGGAACUCCAGGAACUAAGUGAGCAGACAUUCCUGUUGGCCCUCCAGAGCCAAGUAAAGCAGCAAUUGAGUGAACGUAUAGACACACCACCUUCUGACCUGUCACCUUCGCCGAGUGUUUCCCAGCUGUUGAACCUGCUGCGAGAGGUUCUGUCUGUCGGCAGCAUAGCUGAAAGAAGACAGCAGGAUCUCACCAAGAUUGUGUCCAGUAUUGUGGACCCACUGCUGCAAGCAAUAAAUGAGAGUGCCACAAGACUCUCCACCACAGACAUGGCUGUGUACCUCCUCAACUGCAUAUACCAGAUGCAAUCUACUCUCUCCUUGUAUGAGUUUAUGGAUGAACGUCUUGAAAGGCUUCAGGCCCAGUCUGAUGCUCAGCUGGACACAUUAACUUCAGAGCAGGCAAGUUCAUUGGUGGCCAAUUUGAAUCUUGGCCCAAUCUACACCAUUCUGCAGGAUCAAGGCAAAGGAUGUCUGUCUUCGAUUCCAGGCAUGGAACCAGCGGGGCUCAAGAACUUUCUGAGCAAGUUGGAUGCGUUCCUGGUGAUGCCAGAUAUGUUGCUGUUGCCUCAGAUCGGCUUGCUGCUUAGUAGUCUUCAUCGUUCCACUGUACAGCACCGGGCAUUUGAAGUGAUUGCUGCUAUAUACAGACAGUUAUAUGAAGCAGUACAUGAUGCAGAGAACUUGUACCAGAACCCAGGGAUCUUGAUGCCGCGUACCCCUGACCAAGUCCUCAAGCUCCUUACUGGGUGAAACAGUGAACUGAAAGCAGUGUCCCUACCUGACUUGACUUGUGUAGUAUAACAGCAGCUGUUCAGGCAACAAACCUACAAUAUCAGAUUCAGUAAAACACGAAAGUGGAUUCAAUAAACAUGACUGCUGUGCUGGACAUUCAUUGUCCAUUAUUUUGAAUUCUUUCCAGCAUCAUUUUUCAUAAACCUGAUGACUUUUAAGGGAGGAAGUGAUUGAGACUGACUCAUUCUGAUGGGCCCAGCCAAGUACGAAACUUUCCUCUACAAAAGCAUGCUCAACUUACAAGUGUUCUAUUCUUAGAUUUUUUUCACACAUAGACAAUGUUCAGAAUAGUAGUCGUGCUUACUGUAACACACUGUCAUUAGAAGAACUUGGAAAUAGCGUAAGAAGAACACUGACUGUAUAUAUUUCUAGUCCCAUGUCAUUUCAUGUCUAAAUAAUGAAGCAUUACAGAACGUAAAAUGUCAGUUCUAUUUUUUACCUCUUGUGACUGAAGCAGGCAUUAAAUGCUUUGUGCCUUACCCUUUUUUAUGAA